AUGUUGCAAAGGAAGAGACUCUCGUCAGGCCCUACGGCAACCAGUAAGGUAUUUGUGCGUUCCCGUCAUGGAGGAUGUACGAAAAUUGUCCGUGAACACUAUCUCCGAGACGACAUUCCAUGUUAUUCAAAGCUUUGCCAUAAAUGUAUCAACAGUGCUAAACCUGACGCCCAGGGCAACAUGCCUGACUUUGCUUUGCUGGAUCUGCCUUUAAAACUCAAGAAAGGAGGUGCCCAUUACAUUGUUGUGGAUACAAAUGUGAUUUUGCAGGCUAUCGACUUGCUAGAACACAUAGGAUGCUUCUACGAUGUCAUCAUCCCGCAGGUAGUACUUGAAGAGGUGAAAAACAGAUCAUUCCCUAUAUAUCAACGUGUCAGAGCACUUGUUAAGGCUGCAGACAAGCGCUUUGUGGUGUUCCACAAUGAAUUUCACGAGGAUACUUACGUCACGAGAGCCAAAGACGAAACUAUCAAUGAUAGAAACGAUAGAGCCAUCAGAAAGUGUGCCAAGUGGUACUCGAUGCAUCUCAAUGAUAACAAUUCAAAAACUCCCAUCAAUAUUGUUUUCGUAUGCAACGAUAGAGACAACAGAGAAAAGGCUAAGAAGGAAGGCACUGACGCUAGAAGUCUCUUACAAUACAUAGAGAGUUUGGCAAACGCAGACGAGUUGCGUGACUUGAUCCCAACUGAGAAUGAGAGCUUCGACAAGAAUGCUGCAGAGAUCGGCUUUCCAGAAUACUAUUCGAACUCAAGAGUUAUGGCUGGUAUCAAGAACGGUACUUUGUAUCAAGGAAUGAUGAAUAUCUCUGCCUACAACUUCUUGGAGGGUUCUGUCCAGACACCAGCUUUCAAGAAACCUUUGCUCAUAGUGGGUACUAAAAAUUUGAAUAGAGCCUUCAACAGUGACUUGGUCAUUGUGGAGUUGCUUCCUAAAGAUAAGUGGAGAGAACCAUCCACAACCAUCCUUGAGGAAAGUGCUAUUGGUGCCAACGAUAAUGCCGAGGAAGAAGAUAAAGAAGUUGUCAUUUCCGACAAGGAGAGAAGAGUGUUGGCCCAAGAAGCGUUGAAGGCUACCUCGUCCACAGAAGAGAAGAGAUUACAGCCUACCGCUAGAGUCGUUUCCAUCACCAGAAGAUCAUGGAGAUACUACGUGGGUCAAAUUGCUCCUUCUUCCGUGUCUGAAGAUGAUACCGGUAAUGCUUCCAAGAAUUGUUUUGUUGUCUUGAUGGAUAAGCUUUUGCCUAAGAUUAGAAUCAGAACUAGACAGGCCAAAGAUUUGUUAGGCCAGCGUAUUGUUGUUUCCGUGGAUUCCUGGCCAUCAAACUCGAAGUAUCCCCAGGGUCAUUUUGUGCGUACACUCGGUGCUGUUGAGUCCGCCGAAGCAGAAACUGAAGCGUUGUUAUUGGAGCAUGACGUCGAGUAUAGGCCCUUCUCCAAGGCAGUCUUGGAUUGUUUGCCAAAGGAAGGAGAUAAUUGGGUUGUACCUGCUGACUUGAACAAUGGCGAUGAGCAAUUGAAGAAAAGAGUUGAUUUGCGUGACAAGUUGGUGUGCUCCAUUGAUCCUCCUGGAUGUGUGGAUAUUGAUGAUGCUUUGCAUGCCCAAGCGUUGCCCAACGGUAACUACGAGGUGGGUGUCCACAUCGCUGAUGUCACACACUUCGUCAAGCCCAACACAGCAUUGGAUAACGAAGGUGCUGCGCGUGGUACCUCCGUCUACUUAGUGGACAAGAGAAUCGAUAUGUUGCCAAUGCUUUUGGGUACAAACUUGUGUUCUUUGAAGCCAUACGUGGACAGAUUUGCAUUCUCUGUUAUUUGGGAAGUGGACGAAGAUGCUAAUAUUGUUAAUGUCAAGUUCAUGAAGUCGAUUAUCAAGUCUAAGGAAGCCUUUUCCUACGAGCAGGCACAGCUUAGAAUUGAUGAUCCUUCGCAGAAGGACGAUUUGACCAAUUCUAUGAGAAUUCUUUUGAAGCUCUCUAAAAAGUUGAAGCAGAGAAGAUUGGACGCUGGUGCCUUAAAUUUGGCUUCGCCUGAAGUGAAGGUUCACAUGGAUAGUGAGACUAGUGACCCCGGUGAAGUGGAGAUCAAAAAGUUGUUGGAAACCAACUCUCUUGUGGAGGAGUUCAUGUUGUUUGCAAACAUUUCUGUCGCUACCAAGAUUUUUGAUGCAUACCCUCAAACUGCCAUGUUGAGAAGACAUGCUGCCCCUCCAGCCACCAACUUCGAGGCACUCAAUGAAAUAUUGCGAGUGAGGAAGAAUGGCAUGUCGAUUUCGACAGAAUCUUCCAAGGCACUUGCAGACUCGUUGGAUAGAUGCGUGGACUCAGAGGAUGCUUAUUUCAACACGCUUAUUCGUAUCAUGUCUACUAGAUGUAUGAUGGCUGCAGAGUACUUCUCCUCAGGAUCAUAUGGAUAUCCGGAAUUCAGACAUUAUGGUUUGGCGGUAGAUAUCUACACACAUUUCACAUCUCCUAUCAGAAGAUACUGUGAUGUUGUUGCACACAGACAGCUAGCCGGUGCAAUUGGUUACGAGAACUUGGACUUGAGUCACAGAGAUAAAAACAAGAUGGAGUUGAUCGUCAGAAACAUCAACAGAAGACACAGAAAUGCCCAGUUCGCUGGAAGAGCCAGUAUUGAGUACUAUGUGGGGCAGGUGAUGAGAAACAACGAGUCAAACCAGGAGGGAUAUGUGAUCAAGUGCUUCAACAACGGUAUCGUUGUACUCGUGCCCAAGUUUGGAGUUGAAGGUCUCAUCAAGUUAGAGAUGCUCGGAGACGUGAAUAGUGCUGUCUUCAACGAGGAGAAGUUCGAGUUAAAGUUUACUGACUUGAAUGGCAACACUAGGGUAAUCGGAGUGUUUGACAAGGUCAAUGUCCGGGUGACCUCAGUCAAGGAUGAAGUAAGUGGGAAGAGAAAGGCACAGUUGUUGCUUGCCUAG